UAAGCUUUUAAGGAGUAUUUUAGUGUAAACUUUUGGGAUAGAUUUUGUAUUCAAUAUUAACAACUCCCAUCUUUUUGAAGUGGAGCUAGCUAGCGACACUUUUAAAGUCUCUCAUGUUUGACAGAAACAGAAUAAGCAUACAAAUUUUCCAUUUUCUUACGUUCACACAUUCACAUAUGGUUUCCUUUUAGUUCCAAAAAUUUAUUAUAUAUAAUACUAUCCAUGCUACAGUUGUAGUUUGUAACACAAAUAUAGCUCAUAAAUAACCAUGGUUUCCUUGUUUGCUCAUUCAUUGUUCAACAAACAAAUUUUCUUGUUCUUGUCAAUCAUGUAUAUCUACAGUUUAUUCCAUCAGUUUGGUUCAUCUUUCUUCAAAAGUACUAGUGUGUCGUUUGUUGUUGCUGCUGCUAACGUUAAUGAGGAAGCAGAGGCUCUGAUAAAGUGGAAGCUCGGCCUUGACAACAAAAGCCAACAUUUCCUGUCUUCGUGGCAACUCGAGGGCAACAGAAGCAGCAGCCAUUGCAGUUGGCUUGGAGUUGGUUGCGACGAGUCGAAAAGAAUCACCAAUUUGAGCCUUCCUAACUCUAAUUUAAGUGGUACACUUCAAAAUCUAAGCUUCUCAUCCUUUUCGAACCUCGUUUAUAUUGAUUUUGUAAAUAAUUACCUUUAUGGAGAUAUUCCCCUCAGCAUUUACAGCCUUUCCAAACUCACUCAUCUAAAGUUGGAGGUCAAUAGCCUUACCGGGUUUCUUUCUCCGGCAGUGGCAAAUCUUUCCAGUCUCUCCUACCUUUCUUUAUCUGGGAAUCAGCUCUCCGGAUCAAUUCCAAGAGAGCUCUGGUUGAUGACAGGUCUUAGGACUCUUUACUUUGCCAGAACUCUUAUCAGUGGCACCAUCCCGAAAGAAAUAGGAAACUUGAAGUCUUUAACAUCGCUUUCUUUAGAUAACUCCAACCUUACUGGUUCUAUUCCUUCUUCUAUUGGAAACCUGACCAAUCUAGCUGAUGUUUACCUUUUUGCCACUUAUAUUCAUGGAAAUAUUCCUACAGAAAUUGGAAAAUUAAGCAAUUUGAGAAGCCUUAUCCUUGAUGAUAAUAAUCUCUCUGGUGCACUUCCUUCCUUGGGCAACUCGACAAAUCUGAGUGUUCUAUAUUUGAAACAAAACCAGCUCAAUGGCACUCUUCCUUCAACAAUGAAUAACCUGACCAGGUUAACACAUUUUGAGUUGUCUUUUAACAACUUCAUUGGCCAAUUGCCUGAUCAAAUAUGCGGUGCUGGAUCACUUGUGUAUUUUUCUGCCAGUAAAAACCAUUUUACAGGCCCAAUUCCAACAAGCUUGAAAAACUGCAGCAGCAUUACUAGAGUUAGGCUGGAAGGAAACCAACUGACAGGAAAUCUUACAGAAGCUUUCGGUAUACACCCACACUUGUAUUAUUUUAAUCUAAGUGAUAAUAAAUUGCAGGGUGAGGUUUCACCAAAGUGGGGGCAGUGCCGGAAUUUGACAAGCCUCGACAUCUCCAACAACAAUCUUUCAGGCUCCAUACCACCUGCGCUUGGUAAGGCACCUCAGCUACAUGAACUUGACCUGUCAUCAAAUCAUCUCAUAGGAAAUAUUCCAGAGGAACUUGGAAGUUUGAAAUUAUUCAAACUUAUGCUAAGUGAAAAUCAACUAUCUGGAGAGAUUCCUCGCACAAUCGGAAUGCUACCUGCUCUAGAGAGUUUAGACUUGGCAGCGAACAAUCUAAGUGGCUUAAUUCCAAAAGAACUUGGAGGGUGCUCUAACCUCAUACAGUUGAAUUUGGAAAACAAUAAAUUUGAGGGAAGUAUUCCUUGGGAGAUAACUAAUAUGAACUCUCUUGAAAACCUUGAUUUCAGUUCUAAUAUGCUGAAUGGAGAGAUACCAGCUCAGCUCGCAGAAAUGAAACGUUUAGAGACUCUGAAUCUCUCACACAAUAAUCUUUCUGGUUUCAUUCCGCCCAAGUUUGAUGAAAUGAAGAGCUUGACAAUGGUUGAUAUAUCGUUCAACCAAUUGGAAGGUCCUAUUCCAAAUUCCAAAGCUUUCCGUGAGGCUUCAUUUGAAGCAUUCAGAAACAACAAAGGCUUGUGUGGUAACACCACUGGUUUGCCGCUUUGCUCUUAUGGUAAAAGGGGCAACAAAGUCAACAUAUUGAUCAUACUGGUAUCUCUUUUCAGCAGCCUGUUCCUUCUAUCCAUUUUUGUAAUUCUAUACACUCUUCAUAGAAGAGAAGUGAAGAAAACAAACAUCCCAGAUGAGCAAGAAACACAAAAUCAGAAUAUGUUUGAAGUAUGGAACUUCGAUGGGAAAAUGGUGUACGAGAACAUCAUUGCAGCAACUGAGGAGUUUGACUCCAAAUUUUGCAUUGGAGCGGGAGGGACUGGGAGUGUUUACAAGGCAGAGUUAAGCACUGGCCAAGUUGUUGCUGUGAAGAAGUUUCAUACAAACAUAAAUGAUGAUGAUCAUCAGAAGUCUCAAUAUCUCAAAGCAUUUACUAGUGAGGUUCAUGCACUAACACAUAUACGACAUCUUAACAUCGUGAAGCUAUAUGGGUUCUGUUCACAUCGAAGGCACUCGCUUUUGGUUUACGAGUUCAUAGAAGGUGGGAGCUUGCGAAAUGUACUCAUGAACAAUGACGAAGAAGCGAGAGCUUUUGGUUGGAACAAAAGGGUAAAUGUUGUGAAAGGUGUGGCAAAUGCAUUGUCUUAUAUGCACCAUGACUGCUCACCACCCAUAAUCCAUCGAGAUAUAUCAACCCAAAAUAUUCUGCUAAAUGCAGAACAUGAUGAAGCUCGUGUUUCUGAUUUUGGAACAGCUAGACUUCUCAAACCUUACUCAUCCAACUGGACUUCGUUUGCCGGAACUUUUGGAUAUGCUGCUCCAGAACUUGCUUACACAAUGGAAGUGAACGAGAAAUGUGAUGUGUAUAGCUUUGGAGUGGUGAUGCUGGAAACACUUAAGGGGAAGCAUCCGGGAGACCUCGUUUCAUCUCUCUCGUUGCCAUUGUCCUCACCAUCAUAUGCAACACCAGCUUAUGAUCAAGUAGCAAUUAUUGAUCUUUUGGACCAGCGCUUACCCCUUCCCACAAAUAAAGAAGCUGGGAAAGUGCUUUCUGUUAUCAGAAUAGCAUUUGCAUGCUUGCUUAACACUCCACAAUCGCGUCCAACAAUGAAACAGGUUGCUCAAGAGCUCUCAACUCAGACCCAUCAUUUGUCAAAGCCAUUGUCGUUGGUCUCCUUAGGAGAGUUGUUUGGUCUCAGUGAUUCUACUUCCUGAACACAUAUGCAUGUUUAUCUCUAUGCAUUUCGCUUUUAUUUUUCUUUUUUCUUGUUGAAGACUUGAAUGUGAAUGUGUUGCUGGUUUUCUUUAUGUUUUACUUUUGGGAUAAUAUUUCCUUGUGAUACAUGUAUUAUAUAAACUGGGGAGAGUUAAUCCUUAUGUGAGUUUAAGGUGUGGAAGAAAUAAACUGAUCUCUUUUAGCUACUCGUCCAA